AUGUCCUGCAGGGAAGGAUACGUAGAGUGCUCCUCGAGCUCUAUGGUUAAUAGGGUUUCCUCGGUUUCCUUAGAGGCAGAUGUGAAUUGUUCUGGACGGGGUUCAUCAUCUGGGGCCAUUACUAGUUCCACGUCAGAUGCGGAUUGUACUGGACGGGAUUCGCCAUCGGAGAAUAUUACUAGUUCCACUAAUGCAAAGACAGUCAAAGUUUCCAGCUUUUACUGUGAUCCUGUUAUUGGAAAGCGCAAGCCUUCAAAACGGGACCCUUACGGCGAGUACCUCCCCUCUUUAGCAAAGAAGGGUCGUCACCAAACCGCCUUGACUUCGAAUAAGCGAAAACUUAUAGAAGUGAUUAAUGCUGGUCCUUCUCACAAAAGAAUCAGACUAGAGGAACAGUAUCGAGCGGAAACACAGGGCCAAAACCCUAUUCCGUUCACCUUUACUUGUCCUCCGAUUAUGCCUAACACAGUUUACUGUGCGGCGCCAUCCAAAGUAUCCAAAGUAACGGCUUCCGAUGAGAUGGUUAUACCUCUCAUUCCAAAAGGCUUAACUACUUCUGGGCGAAUUGGCAAGUUCUGUGUGGUCUCUGAGGAAGAGGACUCCGACUCGCAAGAGCCAGAGGAUUCUCUCUUUGAACACUCAGGACGCGUUCCGAACAUUGGGUCACCAAGUGUGCAGUCGAUAGGGUCGGAUUCUGUUCAAGUAAUUAGUUCAGACUCUGAUUGCUCCAAAUCGGCCGGAUCAAGCUAUAUUCCAUUUGGCAGUUCUUCUAAUGAACCAUCAAGUUCCAAUCACAGUAAUGUUGAUGAUGAACAAUUCAUUAGACAGGUCACACCUGUCGAUCAACAGGAGAAGUUACCUAUGAACCUUCUUCCUUUCACCAACCCGGUCACAAAUGUACGGAUUACUCCAGAAGCAACUCGUACAUACAACUGGCUGAGGGAGUGUGACAUUACUUUUGGGAAGGGAUCUAACCAGAUUAAAGCAAAGAACUUGCUUAAAGACGCUGUUUUAUUUGGGGUUCACAAUGUGACUUCGGAUAUUACUCCCGUUGAUAUCUGGACAUUUCUCAAAGCCCGCCUUGAUAUUGCUCAGACUGAAAAUGUCCGCGCAGUGCUGAAAGUGCGUCAGCCCUUUCAUAGACUUAGGUAUAAUGUCUGGGUUUCCCCAGACUUGGCCAACGGUCUGGCACCAUUCUUAGAACUUACCUACAAAAAUAGGAAGUCACAAACGUGCACCUUGAUGUCCCGCAAGACUCGAGCAUUUUGGGUUGAGGGUCAGCCUAAGUCUGACUGUUUCUCUGUGAAGGCUUGGCGAGUUUGUCUUGCCAAGGACUGGAGAGACGCAGUUGCACCUAGACCACUGGCUCCAGCUUGUGAACCACGCAUGAUGUUCAAUGAUCAAGUCGCUCUUAAUUCAAGAAGAAUUAUAUAA